AUGAAGUCUGACAGCCAAAGACAGAGUGCGCAAACUGCUGACUAUCGGGAAGAGUCUCAAUUUCAACGACUUAUGGCAAAAUACCAGGGAAUGCUUCUUGAGGAUGCACAAAGUCUGACCCGAGCCCGCUCUUUUGCUGCGAAUACACUGUCAUGGCUCCUGAUAGCAGCCAAGGCUCUGGUCCCUUUCGUUUUUACACACAUGCGCAAUUUCUAUGUCAUCAAGCAAGCUGGAAUCAUCGCACAGCCUAUUAUUAGUAUAGCAAUGAACUGGCCGCUCCCUCAAGCUGACUCGUUUAUGUUCUUCGUUAUGGUAGCUAUACUGUCAUGGCUCUGGUGGCUAUGCAGGCAAAACAUUAUUUGGCUGGUCAUUCGCAUCCUUCUGUCCCUUCUGGCGAGCUCAGUCACAAAGUUUAUCCCUGUGCCAAAUGGGCUAAUCUCAGAUGCAAACGCGAUCGCCACUGUAGUCAGAGUUGGGACAACCCUCCUUCUGUGCGGUGCGGCCUACCUUUUCUAUGGCAUGGUAUCGAUCUUGCGACAACAAAAACGGGGGUGA